GGGCUGUUCUUCACGCAGAAACCCGAUCAUCUGUCCCGUGUAGAAAAAAAAACAUUAAAGAGAAGAUCUCCUGCUUGGAAGUGCAUUCAAGAUCUGCUGCGAAUCAAGCCCGAAUAACUCAAAGAUUACACCGACCAUGGAAGAUGGCAGGGAAACAGCUGCGAUGAGAGAGGAAGAACGGAGGAAACGACAAAUAGACUCUGAAUUGAGCUCGAGAAAUAAUAAAGAUCAAUGGUGUCACACAGUUGAUGAUUCUCAAGCCUUGGAGGACACAGACAGUGACAUUGGUUUGUGUGGAUGGGUCCUGGUGAUUUUUUCCAUCCUGCUCACGUUGCUGACCCUUCCUCUCUCUAUAUGGAUGUGCAUUAAGAUAGUGAAGGAAUAUGAACGGGCAAUUAUCUUUCGCCUGGGACGCAUUUUACGAGGAGGAGCCAAAGGACCAGGUCUAUUCUUCAUCUUACCGUGCACAGACAGCUUUAUCAAUGUGGACAUGCGCACUAUUACAUUUGAUAUCCCGCCUCAGGAGGUGUUGACAAAGGACUCUGUGACAGUGAGUGUAGAUGGCGUGGUUUACUACCGCGUACAAAACGCAACUCUGGCAGUCGCCAACAUCACCAACGCUGACGCGGCCACUCGUCUGCUGGCACAAACCACUCUGAGGAAUGUGCUGGGAACAAAGAACCUGGCAGAGAUCUUGUCUGACCGUGAGGAGAUCGCACACAGCAUGCAGUCUACACUGGAUGAUGCCACAGAUGACUGGGGUAUUAAGGUGGAGCGUGUGGAGAUUAAGGAUGUUAAACUGCCCCUGCAGCUGCAGAGAGCAAUGGCAGCCGAGGCUGAAGCGUCCAGAGAGGCCAGAGCAAAGGUGAUCGCUGCUGAAGGAGAAAUGAAUGCGUCACGUGCUCUGAAGGAGGCCUCUCUGGUGAUCGCAGAGUCUCCGUCUGCUCUACAGCUGCGAUACCUCCAGACCCUCAACACCAUCGCUGCUGAGAAGAACUCCACCAUCAUCUUCCCUCUGCCCAUCGACAUGAUGCAGUCCUUCCUGAAGCACUGAACGCUUACACACACAGACGCAGCCAUGCACAGAUGAACAGACUGAAGGUUAUGUAACAUGCACUCGUGUGAGGAUAAUGUACUGCAGGGGUCCAGAAGUCUGAGGAGUCUGCUAUCCUGUGUCCUGGAUUUGGUGAAAAAUGAGACACUAAAUUUAGUAAUUAGAUUAGGUUUGUUGGUUUUUAAUCGAAUAUAAGAAUUGCUAAUCAUGUGACUUUACAAAAUGGCGGAGGUCAAAAAGUCAAAUCCCGAAAUUCAUAUACGUACACUACCUUUUAAACCUUCUAAGGCUGCAUUUAUUUGAUCAAAAAUACAGUAAAACCUGUCAAAUUUAAAUUGGAAUAUAGUAUUGAAUGUAGUUUAAAAUGUAAAGCCUGUGUACAAUACAAUUUUACGAUGUUCAUUUUGCUAGCGCACAUUGUUGGUUUUAAGGUGAACAAAUAAUCUGUGCAAGUUAAUCCCUUGAAAAGAAAAGUUUACUCUGGUAAUCUUCAAUCAAAGUCCGACCAUUUUCUUCCAUAUUUGAAGUGGCGGUCUUUCUCUGUUGACGUCAAACUGACAGCUUCAUCCACAAUAUUUGUAACCACGCCCCUCUUACCAUUAGUUUGCUAUGAGGGAAUGAUGCGCUAAAAGAAAGCCCCGCCUCCUACUCAAUAUUCAGUUUCAGUUAAAAGUACAUUAACAUACUAAAAUAAAAAGCCUCAGCAACUUACUAUUGAAGUGGGCUUUAAAGUAGAAAUUUUAGCAUCAUUAUUGUCACAGAAUUGUUCACAAUCAUAUUAAAAGGAAUAUUCUGUUUUAUUAUCAGUUAUUUUUAGUAAUAGGCUUUUUUUUUAAACAAUAAUAAAUGAUGCAGAUUCUAAACUUUGGACUGGUAGUGUAUAUUCAGUUUAACCCUUUUUCCUCCAGUCAUCAUUCUGAAUAUAUUUUUCAUGUUUUCAUUAGUGGUCUCAGACUUUUGGACUCCACUGUGCAUGUAAAACACCCACACCCCCCUCUUUAUUUAGAUGUGUAAUCCUUCUCCCUUUUUCUGAAGGAAAUUUGAUACAAUAUAUGAAGGAUAGUCAUAAAAAUCCUCCAUUAAAUAAGAAACUGACUGCACAACAUUUUCUGCCAUUUGUUUUAAACUUUCAGCAUGGGUUUCAUACUAAUAAUUGGAUUUAAAGUAUACAGAUCUAAGACCAUGGGAUUAAAAAAAUAUAUGUUUUUGUAACUGUUACUUCUCACAAUUUUUUCUUUUUUCCAAACACAGAACUUGUCAUAUUUUAAACUUUAAUACUUUUUUUCACAAUUCAUUUUUUACUUGCAAUUUCAAGUUUACAAAUAACAAUUCAGAUGUUUUAAUCUCACAUUUUGCAGCUGUUAUAAAUUUCGCAAGUUGUGAUUUGCGAUAUGGAAACUUUUUUAAAGCAAUUAACACAUAUUUUUUCCUCACAAUUCUCAGUUUAUUUGUCACAAUUUAGACAUUUUAUCUGAACCUAGAUUUAUGAGAAACUUACGGUGGCCGAGAGAGCUUAAUGUGCAGCAAUUUAAGAAAACACAUGCAGUUACAAAAA